AUGGUUUCGGAGCUUACCGAAGAAGAAAAGUAUCUAAUCGGAGAAGUAGAUUUAAGGGAAGAUCUAUGGAGGUUCAACAGAGGCUACUCAAGCGAGUUUUUGAUAAAGCUAAGACCUUUCGUUUGCGAGUUUCUUAAAGAAGCCAACAAGAUGUUCUCCAUGUAUGUUUACACGAUGGGUGAUCGCGAUUACGCAAAUACCGUUUUGAAACUGAUUGAUCCAGAGAAAGUAUACUUUGGACGUCGAGUCAUAACCAGAAAGGAGAGUCCUUAUAUAAAGACGCUUGAUCUUGUUUUGGUUCAUGAAUGCGGAGUCGUGAUUGUGGAUGAUAGUUCUCAUGUUUGGCCUGAUCACAAAAGAAACUUGCUAGAGAUCACCAAGUACAACUAUUUCAGAGACAAGACAAGCCGCGAUGUGGAUUACUCAAAAUCGUAUGCAGAGGAGAAGAGAGACGGGAGUCAGAAGGAUGGAUCGUUGGCGAAUGUUUUAAGAGUUCUCAAAGACGUUUAUGAAAGAAUCUUCAACGGUGGAAUUGAGAAAGAGUUAGAUGUUGAUUCCAAGGAUGUGAGGAUGUAA